AUGGUAAAGGACACUACCACCUAUAUUCUCACACACUUCAGUGAUGACGAUGACGAUAUUGACAUCCUCAAAAAGGAGAAGGAUGGCUGGUUCACUAAUCGUAGGAAGGGGAUUUUGUUCACAGUGGUCGGAGCUCUGUUCAGCUCCUCUGCCAGUGUCAGCAUCAAACUAGCUGAACAGGUAGUUCCAGUUCUACAAGUCCUCUGGUUCAAGUUCCUCGUAAUGUUCAUCCUAGUGGGUUCCACAAUGAUCUACACCAGACAGAACAUAGACACGGAGGGACGACUCCUCUACCUGUUCAUCAGAUCCUGUUUUGAGAACAUAGCCAUGUCUCUGGUACUGUUUGCUGUGAUGUACCUUCCGGUCGGGGAGGCGACUGUGGUCAUGUUCUUCAGCAUGUCCCUGUUCAUGGUGCUGAUGGCUGCUGUAUUCCUCAAGGAACCCCUAACCUGUAAGAUCUACGUAGCUCUAAUACUCGGACUAAUUGGAGUCUUUCUGCUGGCUAACCCGGAGGAUAUCAUCAUGGAAAAUACCUUCUCAACCGCACGACUUUACGGACUAGGAGCUGGGGUGGGACACGGUCUGUUCAGAGCCAUGUCCUCCAUUAUGGUCCGGAAACUGGGGAGUGAGGUGGAGAGCAGCGUGGUUAUAUUCUAUCACAGUGUAUACGGACUGUCUAUAUUCACUAUACUCAUACUCCUAGGUAUACUCUACUCCUUCCUCAUGGGAGACUAUCUGCUUUCUGAGAUGUUCUUUCUGAGAAUAGACGAUAACUUCUUACUGGCUAUUUGUCUUAGUAUUGGAGUUCUCAUGUUCAUUUGUCAGAGUUUUGCGACCAAGGGCACACAGAUCUGUGAUAGCUCUAUUGUAGCCACAGUGAGGAAUGUUAGUAUUGUCUUCAGCUUCGCUUACCAGGUCCUUGUUUUUGAUGAGAUGCCGAACUUGUACGCGGCUAUAGGGACUGGGUUUAUUGGUACUGCAAUAGGACUCAUAGUCACAGACAAAUGACUAGGCGGGGGUAAGCGUACUCAGGAGUAUGUCAUGCCGAGACGAACAAUCAGAACCUAAGAUAACGAGUAAGGAGUGAGGAGUAAGGAGUAGGGAGUAAGGGAAGAGUAAGGGAAGAGUAAGGAGUAAAGAGGAGAGAUGGAGAUCAGAGAAUGAUGCUCCAAUGAAACCGAAGGAAUAUUUAUUUUCUGUCAUACUGUUUUGUGAUUAAAAGAUAAUAUACGAUCUCUUUUCCUUCUUUAAGAUAUUCGAUCUGAGAUAAGGAAGAAUGUUUUACAUCACUACCAAAAUAUUAUAACUGUCCGAUUGAUCAGUUAAAAUUUUGAUUUUAAAGCCUAUAUCAUGUGCAUUUUAGAUGACUGCUAUGUGCAUAUUAG